ACAAAAUGUGCGGUCACAUUAUCUUUGGCAUUCUUUAAAAUUUUCAUUCAAUUCGCGCGUUUCUUAACACAAAUGAGUUUUUUAAGCAAUAACAAUACGGUGCAUGUGGAAGUGCGUAUGCAGCGCAGCGAGCAGCGCAUGCAGACGCUUCGAGCGGCAAUCGAGCCACAACUGGACGCAUAUUUAAAAUCAUUAAAAACGUUGCGCUGGAAUGUUGCAUUCGCUCCGGACACAAAACUUCCAUCUGUUGAGAGUAUUCUGCUGGAGAAAGACAACGGCGAAAAUGGAACCGUAAAGCCGGAUCAUAAUAUGUUGAAAUUUUGCUAUCAUUUCUACACGACGCAUCGUCCUGGGCUGCGAUCAGCCGGUGGGCUAUUUGACGGUGAAGGCGAUGGCAAUUCCGAUAGCCUAGACAGUGUGAUAGCUGCUAAUCAUGUCCUGCUGCCUGCCAAUGAGUUUGUUGGCCUCUGGGAUAAUUUGAUUUACGAGGAAGGACUGAAGGAAAAGCUGCUUAAAUUCGCAUUGUCCGCUUUGAGUUUCUCGCAGCAUUGUGUAGACACUAAUGUGAUUGCCUGCAACCGCUUGUUGCUACUGCAUGGUCCACCUGGCACUGGCAAGACGAGUCUGUGCAAGGCGCUCGCUCAAAAGCUCGCCAUUAGGACACAAAGCAGCUUCGCCUACACGCAUCUUGUGGAGAUCAACAGCCACAGUCUGUUUUCAAAGUGGUUCUCGGAGAGUGGCAAAUUGGUCGCGCGUCUCUUUGGCAAAAUCGGUGAGCUCGUGGCGGACAAAAACAAUUUGGUUUGCGUGCUUAUUGACGAGGUGGAAUCCCUGGCGUAUCAACGAAGUGCUAUGAGCAGCAAUGAGCCGCGAGAUGCCAUGCGAGUGGUUAAUGCGGUGCUUACCCAGCUGGAUGAUAUAAAGGCCUGUCCAAAUGUGCUCAUUUUGGCAACUUCAAACUUGGCGCAGUGCAUUGACUUGGCCUUUUUGGAUCGCGCAGAUAUACGUCAGUUUAUUGGCUUGCCGGCUAUAGCAGCCAUAGGCUCCAUUUACAAGUCAAUGCUGGCCGAAUUGAUGGCGAGGGGCAUUGUGAGAACAGAGGACUUGGAAGGCAAUCAAGAGGACUCUGAGGAUCUGCUGACUAAUCUGGCCGAACGCAGUGUUGGUCUAAGCGGGCGCACCCUGCGCAAGUUGCCGCUGUUAGCUCACGCUCAUCACACGAGCCGAGAUCUGUUUGAGCUUAACCAAAAGAUAACCCUAUCGGAUUUCCUGGACGCAAUGCUACUAGCCUUGGAGCAGUUACUAGCUGAACAGCGACACUUAAAGCUAGAUACAAAUGUGAGUGAGCUGGCAUGACGAGAGGUUAAGCAAAUGACUCCCUACAAGUCCCUUUUCCAUUAAAUGUGAUGCUUUUACUAAAACAAUGUUGUAAGAUGUGUCGAUGUGUUCAUCAUUUCAUGAUAUCCUUUUGAAAACCGUUUUCAUUUGCACUCCAUACAGAUUUUUUCCUGAUCCCAGUUUUAAAACAGUUUGAAAACAAUCGUCAAAACUUGUUACUUGAUUGAAAUCAACACCACACUUUCUCUUUCCUCUUACUCACCAUGCAUGUUUCCUAACACAUCAUUACUCCAAGGG